CUGGUUGCAGCUUUGGGAGCUUCUGGGGGACUGCGAAGUAGGCAUAACCUAAAAGAAAAGGAGAAUAGAUUUAGGCUGUUCUUGCUACACGUGGAUGUGAAAUUAGCCUGAGUGCUUGCAACGGAUUUCAUCUACUGUGAACGUGCCUUCCCACAAUGGAUUGCCAAGAAAAUGAGUACUGGGACCAAUGGGGACAGUGUGUCACCUGCCAACUGUGUGGACCUGGACAAGAACUCUCCAAGGAUUGUGGUUAUGGAGAAGGUGGAGAUGCAUACUGCACAGCCUGCCUUCCCCGCAGAUACAAAAGCACCUAGGGCCACCGUAGAUGUCAGACUUGCAUCACCUGUGCUGUCAUCAAUCAUAUCCAAAAAGCCAACUGCACAGCUAUCUCCAAUGCCGUCUGUGGGGACUGUCUGCCUAGGUUUUCUACCAAAAGAUGCAUUGGAGGACUGCAAGACCAAGAGUGUAUCCCAUGCACAAAACAGACACCCACCUAUGAGUUUCAGUGUGCCUUCCAGUUGAGCUUAAUAAAGGCAGAUGUACACACAGCCCCUCAGGAGGCCACACCUGUUGCAAUGAUGAGCAGUCUUCUCCUGGUGUUUACCCUGGUCUUCCUGGGGCUCUUCUUCCUCUACUGCAAGCAAUUCUUCAACAGACAUUGCCAGCGUGAGAAAUUGACUCUUUUCCCUGAUCCACCACUAGAUAGCCUCAAUUUGACACCUCAGUUUGCUGGAUGUUCGCUGCAGUUUGAGGCUGACAAGGCAUCAGAGGAAGAAUCUCUCUUCACCAUGCCACCUGGCCAGGAGACUAGUCCUAAGUCCCCACUAGGUGAAAGCAUCUUUGAGAGCCAGCCACUUAACGCCAUCCUGGAUGACGACUGCAGUUCAACUUGUGGCUUCCUCACACAGGAGUCUUUUACCAUGGCCUCCUGUGCCUCAGAAAGCCACUCCCGUUGGCUCCACAUCCCCAUCGAAUGCACAGAACUAGACCUGCAAAUGUUUUCCAGCUCACCCUCCUGCACUGGAUCUGAGACAUUGGGGGGGAGCACAGCUGAAAACUCUGAAGAUAGGCUAGAGUUCAAUAUGCCCUUUGAAGUCCCCAGUGAUUAACUCUACAGAGGUGAGUUCGAAAGGUGAGACAGAAAGACCAGAAAUUGGGUACCACCCUCAAGGAAUUUUCUUUACAGUACUGUUGUUCAGUAGGGCUAGGGGUAGAGGAACAGCAAGCUGGAAACACUAAAGGGGGCAACAGUGAUUAUGCUAAUCUUUGGAGUCUGUCAGCCAAACAUCACAUUUCUUGGCCUACAGCUGUCAAGGUAGUAGCUUGGUUGAUAUGAUUGCCAGUCUUUCCAUCCUGGCCUUUUACAAGCUUUCUCAGGAAUGCAAUAUCUAAUAGUAAUAUUCAAUUAUCUCUGCUCAU